AGCGUGAAAGGGCAUAUAGGCAGUAGCCUCAGGGAUGAACGGGACGGACGUACGUGAAGAAGCUGCUAUAGAGCUCAUGCUUGGCGUAGCCGUUACCGUCAUCUCCGCUAUUGGUCUGCUGCUAAACAUCUACAUUCUCUUCAUCAUCGCUAUAACCAAACAGCCGGUUUCCGCAUCGUCUCUGCUUUUGGGACACCUGGGUGUAGUAGGAGCAUUAGCCAGCGGUGCUGCACUAUGCGGCGGGGGCACGUGCGCCUGCGCAGUAUUAUUGCACGCACUGCAUCCAUUGCAACUUUGGACUGUGUGUGGGUUGCACGCUGACCGAGCUGCUGCUAUUGCUGCACCGCUGCAUUACGCUGCCAUUGUUUCUGCUAAAAAGGUACUAAUAUGCGUGGCAUUUGGCUGGGUGGCUACAGCUGCUCUACUGGCUCCCCUAGCAAUAGCUCAUCCUCCGCUGGCGUAUAACGCUGGAUUUGGUAGCUGUGCCCCGGACUGUGGCGCUGGUCCCUCUGCGCUUGCGUUUUGUCUUAUCUACGCCUUGUUAACUCUUCUAUUACCAACGGCGCUUGUCUUAGCGUGCAGUUUGAAGAUACUACGCAUUGCCCGAUAUCAUCGACAUCGGAUUGCUGCAGCGAUAUAUGAAGUGACUCUUUCAGCACAAGUUACUGUAACGCACCAACGUAACCCCUUCUCACCUCCACCCCAACCGCGCCGACGAGCAUUAUCAGCAGUUAUCCAGCCUUUAGGAUCAUUGGCAAUACUGUACUUUCCAUACUAUUGUAUGUUAAUUUGGCCGGCUAUAGCUGUUCCUCCUCGAUCUUUAGCAGCCUUAUCAGUUGCACUGUUGGCGGCUGCACCACCCGUGAACAGUAUCCUCUAUGGCAUAAGAAGCCGGGCACUAAAGGAUUCGCUCAGAAAUUAUAGAAGAAAGAGAAUGACAAAAAGCGAAGUAACACAAGAGAUCCAAGCCCGUACACCCAGUGCAUGUGGUUCCCGAAGGCCAUCUCUAUCUGCUGGUUCAGGUUGCAUUCGACCACCCACAACUCGGAGAUUAUCAGACGCGGCGGCCAUGGGUGCUCGUGGUUCCGAAAGACCGGCACCAAGAGCUGCAUCAUGCAAUAUGCUUCAAGAUCCCCAUGACGAUGAAACCCCAAGAUGUAGGACAUCAGCCAUUCCGAUUAUACGUGCACCUCCCCACGUCGUGUUAGGUAGAGCACUAGGAUUAGAAGAGGGUAUGAAUAGGGAGCGACGUCGACGACAAUCUCCGAGAAUUACCGUAACUAGAGCAAUGUCAGAUGAAUGCGAAUCUCCAUCUAAACGCCCUCUUUGUCGUCAACAAUCUCGUUCAAGCGGCGCGCUUUUAGGAACCUUGUCAUAUUCACCAGCGCUGUGUGAGGAUGUCAAACUAGAAAGUACAGAUGAACCACUACUUCUUUCGUGGCCACAACAGGCCAUACGUAAACAUGACGUUUUAUAGAUGGAAAGUUAAUGCUAAAAAGAGUGCAAAAUGGACAAUAAUGUCUGCGACAUGCCAUAUUCCUAUAACUUACGGGUAUUGGUUGAUUUAUUGACGAGUAGCUUGAUAAAAAUUGCUUUGUAAAUUAAUGAUGGUUUAACAGGAAUGGUGUAUGUUUUUGUCCACCUCUGCUAUCACUGGAACGUUGUAGUAGUUUUGAGUAUUUAGUUGUUCGCUGCCAAACUAAGCUAAAUUAUGACUUUUUAAAUCGAAGACGAUCCGGUGAUAGCAGAUAGCACAAAAGUGGCUUCUUUCAUGAGUCAUCGAAUAUGCACAUUUCGUUAAAAUAAGGUAACAUCCAAAGUAUUUCUUAAUUAUGCUAAAACCACGGAAAUGUGGUUUUUGGAAGAAUAGGCAAAGGCGACAUCAUUUGUUUGCAUGUAUUGUUGUUCUUAGGUACGAAACGAGAUUUUAGGAAAAAAAAUAUGGACUUUUGGAAUACCAUUAGAAUAAUUUUACGCUUUCUACUCUUCUCCCCGACCAAACUGUGACCAAAGAUGUUUCCUAUCUCUACUAUUUUAUCGUAGGUGUAAUUGUUUAUCUUACAGGGUCCCGCCAUAUCGUUAGCUGUAUUUAACUUUACUGUGCUUCAUUUAU